AUGAUGUAUGGACUAAGUUGUUGACCAUUGCACUUGCAAAUCUUCUCCCACUCUCCCCCACUUGCCGAAACCUUCCCCCCCUCCCUAACCACCCGGAAACCGGUAACGGUUCUGCUUACCCCUGCGCUGCAACCGGUUUAAUCAAAGCCAGUUCAGAUUCAGUCCCCGCCAUGGUGGAAGGAGGAGGAAGAAGAAGAAGAUCCUUGCUCUCCUCCUCUGAACUCGCUUUCCUCUUACUCUCACUCUUCCUCUGCUGCUUCCCCAUCGCGUCUCCCCGCGCUCUCCCUGAUCCAGAUCUGUUAGAAGAAACCGUCGGAAACUCCUCCUCCGACGCCACAGCAGCAGCAUCUCUCAACGCUUCUUCUCUUGGCAAACCAAAGGAAGGUAGCUUCGCCGACAUCAUCGAUCGCGCUCUCGAGAAGGAGUUCAACGAAAGCGAUCAGACUGAAGUGGCUGAUCCUGGAAGCUUCAACAACAGUGUAGCUGGACAGCAGGCUGUUCUGGAAACUGUAGCCAGAGUGAAGACAAACAAGAAAAAUGAGACGAAAGAUGACAAGCGGUUUCAACUCCAUGAUGUUUUCAACCUGGACAAUGAUAACAGAGCUGAGGACACACCCACUCUGAUUGAUCGAAAAGACAAUGUCUUCAUCAUAUCCAAUUUCAAAUCGAAAUAUCCAGUACUGCAGCUAGACUUGAGACUGAUAUCAGACCUGGUGGUUGUCAUUGUAUCCGCAACCAUUGGUGGUAUCGCCUUUGCUUGUGCUGGACAGCCGGUGAUAACUGGAUAUUUGCUAGCAGGAUCUAUCAUCGGGCCUGGAGGGUUGAACUUAAUCAGUGAGAUGGUCCAGGUUGAAACAGUUGCGCAGUUUGGUGUGGUAUUCUUGCUCUUUGCAUUGGGUCUGGAGUUCUCCACUGCUAAGCUUCGAGUUGUUCGAUCAGUUGCUGUUCUGGGAGGCCUUCUUCAAAUUCUUCUUUUUAUGUUCUUGUGCGGAAUCACAGUGUCGUUAUGUGGUGGUAAACAUUCGGAGGGGGUAUUUGUAGGAGCAUUUUUGUCAAUGUCAUCAACUGCAGUGGUUCUGAAGUUUCUCAUGGAGAAAAAUUCAACUAAUUCUCUUCAUGGCCAAGUUACAAUUGGAACCCUUAUUCUUCAGGACUGUGCUGUGGGUUUGUUGUUUGCUUUGCUUCCAGUUCUUGGUGGAAAUUCUGGCAUUGUUGAGGGAAUGUUGUCAAUGGCAAAAGUGGCUGUUGUGUUGCUUUCGUUUUUGGCUGUUCUGUCAAUAUUAUCACGGACAUGUAUUCCGUGGUUGCUGAAGUUAAUGGUCAGCUUAUCAUCACAGACAAAUGAACUCUAUCAAUUAGCCGCUGUUGCGUUUUGUCUACUCGUAGCCUGGUGUAGUGAUAAGCUGGGAUUAAGUCUUGAACUAGGUUCUUUUGCGGCAGGGGUCAUGAUAUCAACUACGGAUCUCGCUGAACAUACAUUGGAGCAAAUCGAACCCAUCCGUAAUUUAUUUGCUGCACUUUUCCUAGCCAGCAUUGGGAUGUUGAUAAAUGUCCAUUUUCUGUGGACCCAUGUGGAUAUACUGUUAGCCUCCGUGAUAUUAGUAAUCAUCAUAAAGACAACGAUAGUGACAACAGUUGUCAAGGGAUUUGGAUAUAAUAACAAGACAGCUCUGCUGGUUGGAUUAUCUCUGGCUCAGAUAGGGGAGUUUGCCUUUGUACUACUAAGCCGUGCCUCCAAUCUCCACCUUAUCGAGGGGAAACUCUACUUGCUUCUCCUGGGGACAACCGCUCUUAGCCUGGUUACAACACCUCUGGUUUUCAAAGUGAUACCAGCGGUUGUGCAUCUUGGAGUACUAUUAAGAUGGUUUUCUCCAGACUCUUCUAUAGAGGGCAGAAAGGAGAAAUAGUAAGAUCAGAAAGCGGUAAACAGCGGAUGAUACUGAUGUCACGCCAAUCCCACAACUCCUGAGAAGAAAAGAUUUGUGGAGAAGAAGAGUGUGAUGUCAUGCUUCUCCACCAAUUUUGACAAGAACAAAAAGAAAAGUAUUGUUUGCUUCUUCCUCUGCUCGGCCCUCACUUGUAAUUAGUAUUGUUUGAUUUUUUUUUUUGCCCCCUCGAUUGUAAUCUGAUUAAAAAAAUUCAAUCAGUAUUUCUUAUCAUGAUACCAAAAACUGGACAUUUUUUUGUUGUAAUCAAUAUAACUCUCUAAUUCGAAGUAAUUGUUAUAUU